AUGGCCACGAUCAUCUCGCCAAUUGCCCUCCAAUACGCCCCAAGAAACGGCCCCAGAACCGGGAACAACUAUGCUAACCCCACCUUCUCCAGCAACAUUACCUUCCACGCCGCCGCCCUCACUCGCAAGGAGCGCAAUGACCUGCGCAAGCAGCAAGGUCUCACCAUCUGGCUGACCGGUCUGUCUGCCUCCGGUAAAUCCACCCUCGCCGUCGAGCUGGAGCACCAGCUCCUCCACGACCGCGCCGUGCACGCCUACCGCCUGGACGGCGACAAUGUCCGCUUCGGCCUGAACAAGGAUCUGGGAUUCAGCGAGGCCGACCGCAACGAGAACAUCCGCCGCAUCGCCGAGGUCGCCAAGUUGUUCGCCGAUUCCUCCGCCAUCGCGAUCACCUCGUUCAUCUCCCCCUACCGCAAGGACCGUGAGACUGCCCGUCAGUUGCACGAGGUUCCCACCCCCGGCGAGGAGACUGGCCUGCCCUUCGUUGAGGUCCACGUCGAUGUCCCCGUUGAGGUUGCGGAGCAGCGUGAUCCUAAGGGUCUGUACAAGAAGGCUCGGGAGGGUAUUAUCAAGGAGUUCACCGGUAUCAGUGCCCCCUACGAGGCUCCCGAGAAGCCCGAGGUGUACAUCAAGAACGUGGAUCUGGCUAUCCCCGACGCUGUGAAGCAGAUCAUUGAUUACCUUGACUCCAAGGGUUACUUGCCCCCCAAGAAGGAGUAA